GCGUCAUGUCGGACACACCGUGUGUCCGAGUGGUGGUAACUUCUCGCGAAUUUCUGCAGUAGUAAAUAAUCUUUUCGACCGUGUUAUAUUAGUGUUGACCAUUUUGUGCCUGUGGAAUAGUCUGUCUGUGCCAUGAAAGAGCCGAGUCGCUGAGUGCAUAGAGAGACGCGGCGGCGCAGGGCGGCGGUUUUGACGUCGCGCCAGAGCCGCCAUGGAGAACGAUUGCGAGAUCACCUGGAAGGACGUUUGGAGAUCACCUGAAGGAGAACGCCUCGUGGGAGACGGCGCAUGCGGCCCGUGAAGCCACAACCAUCUGAGAGAUAAGAGAUCCAGCAGACUGAGUCGUCACCGAAGCUCCGGGAGAUGUCGGCCUUCACCUUGUGGACCUGAUCAUCUGGCCCAUGCUAACGCCGUGCCCUACGAAAGGGCUGAUGCCGGGCUCGAUGCCGUGACCGUCAAUGCGUCCCCCGCCCUCGCCGCGCCGAGCGGGGGCGUCGCCGUCGCCGUGCUCGCGGCCGCCGCCGCUGCCAUUAUGCGGGCCGAUGAGGCGUUGCGCCAGGAGGGCCGCCUGCUCCGGGGCCGCCUGCUGCCUCAGGAUCGCGACGGCCGGAGCAUGCCGCCGACGGUCCCCCCCGUCCGGCUCUGCUGCUGAGUGGGGCCGCCAUGCGGUACCGGCUGCCCCCCGUCCAAUGUCCUGGCGUCCUGGCGGGGGCGGUCGUCCUGCUGCUCCUCUCGGCCUUCUCCGGCGGCUCCUCGACCAGUUCCGGGCUUCCCACGCGCAAGAUCUCGACGCGCCUCGCCCGCACCAAGUACGGCCUGCUCCGCGGCGUGAUCCUGCAGCAGCAGCCCGUCGAGGCGUUCCUCGGCGUGCCGUACGCCACCGCGCCCCUCGGCUCGCUGCGCUACAUGCCGCCCGUCACGCCGUCCAUGUGGAAGACCCCGCGGCUCUGCGACACCUUCUCCCCGGUCUGCCCGCAGCGCGCGCCCAGCAUCGGCAACCGCACCGAGGCGCUGCUCGAGUUCCCGCGCGGCCGCCUCGUCUACCUCGAGAAGCUGCUGCCGCUCCUGGCAAACCAGAGCGAGGACUGCCUCUACAUGAACAUCUACGUGCCGCAAGAAGCCGACUUCGACUCGGCGUCGCUGCCCACCGUGGUCUACGUGCACGGCGAGUCGUACGAGUGGAAUUCGGGCAACCCGUACGACGGUAGCGUGCUGGCGGCGCACGGCCGCCUCAUCGUCAUCACCCUCAACUUCAGGCUGGGCAUCCUCGGUGAGUGAGAGUGAGAGUGUAGAA